GCCAACCCUCGGCCGGCCCCGGCCCCACCAGGCAUGUGGGUGCACUCAACAAGUACUACCCGGCGCCUCCGACGUGCCAGGAGCUGUUCCAGGCACAGGAAGGACCCCACCCCGGCCUGGUGGGCUGUGAGCUGGCGGAGGGCACCCACUGUGCCGCCUGGGGCCACAUGCCACCCCCAUGCCCGGAUGUGUGACCCACCCUGGGAAAAGACUUCUGCCUCCAGGUUGGAUGUGGAUGGACCAGACCUGGCACAGGCCCCAGGGCCUCGGCCCAGCAUGGCUCGCGUCCUCGUGCGGGAGCUGAGCUGGCAGGGCCCAUCCAACCCCUGCCCGCAGAGCAAGGCCCCGGGCGGCCACAGGGACAGCCACGGCAAGUGGCUGGCGGAGGAGUGCCUGUCAGCUGCCCGACUGAAGGCCCUGGCCCAGGUGGAGGACCUGCUGCUGGUGAGCAUGCUGGAGAUGUGCGUGGAUACCCGUGAGCACAGCCUGGGCAACUUCGGGGUGCACCUGCCCAACCUCAGCCAGCUGAAGCUGAACGACAGCCGCCUGGGCUCCGUGAGAGACCUGGGCACCUCCCUGGGCCGCCUGCAGGUGCUGUGGCUGGCUCGCUGUGGCCUGACCGAUCUGGAUGGCAUCGGCUCCUUCCCGGCCCUGAAGGAGCUGUAUGUCUCCUACAACAACGUCUCGGACCUCAGCCCGCUCUGCCUGCUCGAGCAGCUGGAGGUGCUAGACCUAGAGGGCAACGACGUGGAGGACCUGGGGCAGGUGCGCUACCUGCAGCUGUGCCCGAGGCUGGCCGCGCUCACCUUGGAGGGCAACCUGGUGUGCCUGCGGCCGAGCCCCUCCGGCAAGGUGCCCCGGGGCUACAACUACAGGGCACAGGUGAGGAAGCUCAUCCCCCAGCUGCAGGUCCUGGACGAGAUGCCCGCCACGCAGACGGGCCUGCCCACCGCCCGGAAGCUGGACCAGGACUGGCUCCUGGUGAAGGAGGCCAUUAAGGAGGGCAGUGUCCUGGACAGCCUGCUGCCCAGGCUGGAUCAUCCCCACGGAGACCCCAUUCGAAGAUUUGGCCCUGAGCUAUCCCGGCCUGAGCUCCAGCCCCGGGCCGCCAGGCCUUGGCCCCUCACCCUGCUGGCCCCUGGGGGACCCCUGCCCGAAGCAAGGCUUCCCAAGGACACAGCCCUAGAGGAUGACACCAGCAACCUCACCCACGGCUCCGGCCACGUCCUCUGCGGAAACCCCACCAAGGGCCUUCGGGAACGUCAGCACCACUGCCAGACCUGGCUGCCCCCAGAGCAGCUGCCCCCACACAGGCCCGAAGACCUGGCCACCAGGGCCUCCGCUCCAGGGCCUGGAGACAGCCGGGACCUCCUGGCAUUGGCUGGACUUCGGGCGUGGAGGGAACUGCAUCUGCGGCGUCUGGCUUCUGGGCAGGCAGGGGCAGCAGCUCCCUGGGGCCCACGGCGGGGCCCUGAGGAACAAGAGGACAAGGCUGAGCCCAAGACCUCCUCCAGCUGCUCAAGCCAGGUCCCAGGGCCUUCCAGGACCUCGGGCUGUAACCUGCUCCCCUCUCCCCCCAAGGUCCCCAUGCCACCUGAUUCGAGCAGCAGCUCCUGGAGGUCCAAAGACCUGCAGUUCCGGGGUCGUCGGCUCAGAGCCCUGGGCCGCUCAGGGCCUGGCCGGGGUCAGGGGCUGGCUGCAGUGGAUGCUCUGAGGUCAGCCCUGGAGGUGGCCUCCGGCCCGAGCUCUCCGGCCCAAGGAUGUCCAGGCCCAAGGCCAGCACCAGACCCAGCAGCCAAACCUCCAGCCGUGUGUUUGCCACACCUGAAGCCCAUCACCCCAGCCCAAUCCCACCCCUAGUGUAAACCCCACCCGCUGCCCGCUGGCUGGACAGGACCAAGGGGACCCAGCGUGUGUGAGGCUCCUCAUAGAACCCAGAUCAUCUGGGGGGAGGGCGUGGGGGGAGGAGGUGGGCCUGGCACAGAGAGGCCCCUCUUGCUGGAGAGAAGUGGGGAGUUGGGACCCGCCGGGAGGAGGCGCAGGGCCCCACUUCUGUGGGGCAAACCUUCCCAGGCCUGGAAGACACCCGGUGGGGCCACCCCUGGAGCGGUGGUCCGGGGCCUAGCGCUCGCCUUAGGCAUUCAAGAGUGCGGCCAGGCCCGCCAUCCCAGGCGGACUUGUAGAGACGGGCCGGGGACACCGGGAAACCCAGAGAAUCCUUUCCACUCCCAAGUGUACAGAAAUGCAGUUUACUUCGUAGGUGACGUUGGUUCAAUAAAU